AUGACUGCGUUGCCGGAUUUUGCCAAGCGAUUCAAGCGAUACACGAGUGCGAAACUCUUCGAGCUAAAACUCAUCCUCAAUGGGGAAUCCGAUCAUGUUUACUCGAGAUUCAAGAAGGCUUACUCGAUGAGCAAAAAGAUUGGCCAAGGUGGAUUCGGGAUCGUUUAUCAAGGAAAACGACUCACAGAUCAACAACCUGUUGCCAUCAAAUUUAUCAAUCGAAAGAACAUCCGUGAAUGGGGAAAGAUUGGUAACGAGCUGGUACCCAUGGAGAUCUACAUGCUUUUUAAACUUACAGGAACUCCAAGUGUGAUUCGUCUCUUGGAUUGGUAUCAGAUCCCAGAAGGCUAUAUCAUUGUUAUGGAACGUCCAUUCCCCAGCAUUGAUCUCUUUGAGUUUCUCAGUGCUCACAAUAAAGUCGAUGAGGAGGUAACACGUUUUCUCUUUCGACAGAUCGUUCGCACUGUGCUCGAACUGCAAGAUCUAGGCGUUUUACAUCGAGAUCUAAAGGAUGAGAACUUGUUGAUCAAUUUGGAAACCGGUGAGCUGAAGCUAAUCGAUUUCGGAGCUGCUACCCCGCUCAAUAAAAGCCAGUUUACCGAAUUUCAAGGUACUCGUCUCUAUUGUCCACCAGAGUGGUUCCUCCACUCGUCCUAUCUCGGCAAAGAGGCGACCGUUUGGAGUCUUGGUGUACUUCUCUACAACACUCUCAACGGAUCUCUGCCAUUCAAAAACGAAAAAGACAUCUGCACCGCUCACAAGCUAGGAAACAUUCCUCAUUAUUCAGCUGUCACUGAAGAGUUCCGUGAUCUUGUCUCGAGAUGUUUAAGCUUUGAUCCAACUACGCGCAUUGGUUUGGAAGAGAUUCUCGUUCAUCCGUGGCUUAACAAAAAGUGUGGAGAUUGGAAAGACCUCACCAAACGUCUCGAUCAAGUUCAACUUUUACUCAACGGGCUUUACUUAAAAGAGCAACAAUUGCUUGAUGAGGGUGACGACGAUGGGCCGAUCAUGAUCGUUUGCGAUCCAAGAAUAAAACAAGAGUCUGACUCAGGAAUCUCAUCGAUUCCAGCAUCUGAAGGGAAGAAAAAGCGCUCACAUGGUUUUGGGACUCGUCCAAAAUCGAUGAAUCCACUUGAGCCAAAAAAUAACAGAAAGCUGAAGAAUGCUCGCUCACAAGACGUUGAUGUUAAUGCUCUUGAUCAAGCGCUCAACUUGGCUCACAUUGCUACCAUAGCCACCUAUCGUCGUGCUUGUAGCCGUGUCCAUGGAAGGCGU